ACGCAUUUUGCGCUGUCCGGACUCCGGAGCUGACGGAACAUCCAUGGAGCUAACAGGUCAACUUCAACAUGGCGUCUAGCACAAGUGAAUCAGUAAAGCGUGAAAUCCUUCAGAGACUUCAAGAUCGACUGACAUACAUCUUUGAUAGGACACCUGUUGAUCUCGAAGGGCUACAGUUUGCGUGCCGUCAGGCUUUUGUUAUCUUGAGUGCACUGGGUGACAUUGUUGAUUUAGGGAAUAAUAUACAGUCUGCACUUGCAGACCUGAAUAGCCUUAUCCAGCAAGAGAGAGAUAAUCAACAGACAUUUGUGACCCUUGAGUUGCAAAAAUGUUGUGGACGUGGGCGUCCACGAUUGAAUGUGUCAGUAGAGGCUCUGACACAUCUGGUUGAACUGGGACUGCCAUCGAGUUGCAUCGCCAGACUCCUGGGUGUGUCUAGAGCAACGCUAUUUAGGCGGAUGACCGAAAAUGACAUUUCUAUAUCUGCUUCAUAUAGUGGCUGCACUGAUGACGAAUUGGAUUCAUUGAUCACCACAAUAAAAAGUGCAAUGCCAGAUGCUGGCUACAGUGUAGUCCGAGGUGCUCUACUUGCGAAGGGACACAGAGUGCAAUGGGAACGGGUGUAUGCAUCCAUGCAUCGUGUGGACAGUGUUGGUGUGCUCGCCAGGAUGACCCGGAUGGGAUGUGUGGUGAGGAGAACAUACACAGUUCCUUACCCUAAGUACAUGGUGCACAUUGACACCAACCACAAGCUCAUCAGGUACAACUUUGUUAUCUUUGGGGGAAUAGAUGGCUAUUCAAGGAAGAUUAUGUACUUGAAGAUAGCAGACAACAACCGGGCUGACACCCACUUGUGUUUCUUCAAUGAAGCUGUGAACGAGCACGGGUUUCCUCUGAGAGUGAGAGGAGAUCAUGGUGGAGAAAAUGUGGGAGUAGCACAAUUAAUGUUCUCAGUUCGUGGAACUGACAGUAACAGCUUCAUUGCAGGGAAAAGCGUACACAAUCAACGAAUUGAACGCCUCUGGCGUGAUGUGUUCAUGAGUGUUACGGGUGUCUUUUACAACACCCUGCACUCUCUUGAGGAACAACACCUGCUUGACAUCAGUAACGUCCUGCACAUCUUCUGCUGCCACUACGUUUUCUUGCCACGCAUCCAAGCCAACCUGGAUGUGUUCAGUGAGGCCUGGGCCAACCAUCCCAUCAGGACAGAGCAAAAUCUGACACCCAAUCAGUUGUGGCACGUGGGCCAGCACCUGAAUCCUGUUGCAGAUCCUGAGCCUGAGGGUUUACUCAUACCAGAGAUUCAAUGGGAAGAGAGUGGAUACACAAAUGAGCAUCAUACCGGGGUCAAUGUCCCUACGCUGAACUUCCCUCUCUCAGAACUUGAAAUGAUGCAACUGCAAGACAACAUUGAUCCAUUGGAAGAAUCUGAAUGUUUCGGAGUGGACAUAUAUCUCAAUACUGUCCAAUACAUUGAGAACUUAAUUGAGCACUGAUAGUUGUUACACAUUUAACAACUAUAGUAUGAUUUGUGUCAUGAUUUCAGUUAUUUGGCAAUGAUGGAAAGUUAAUCAUUUUAUAUUUACAUAGCUUAUGCUUGAUUAAGUUAAUCUCAAUUGCAUGAUUUGACAUUUUUCUUUUGACUUAUAAUUGGAAGAGAAAUGAAUGGAAGUGUUUUUAGAGAUGCAUUUUCAGUCAGGAUCAAACACCGUUUCAGAGCAACAGAAUUACAUUCAUUUUACACUCGGUAAAAAA